AUGGCGUUCGACGAAAUCGACCGUGAGCUCUCAGCAGCCGAGCGCGCCGCCUCCCCCAGGAUGUUCGGCGGCCGAGCAGAGGACGAGGUCGAACGGGUCUUGACCGCCUCGUCAAUAUCGUCGUCCGGGGGCGACACGGUAUCGCGACGGCCGACGCACAUGAGCCGGGUGCCGACACAAAACGAUCUCGAGAGGCACCCCACGGCGCUGAGCCGGAUACAGACGGCGAGGAGCCAGCACAGCAACACGGUGGGACGGGACCCGAGGAGUAGGAGGCUCAGCAAGCCCCUCCCCGCGUUCGGCGCCGGGAAGCCGUACCCGCCUCCGCUACCAGCCCAGGAGGGAUAUGUCGUCGAGUUUGACGGCCCGGACGAUCCUCUGCACGCUCAGAACUGGCCCAUGAGGAAGAAACUUGUCACGGCCGCUAUGCUUGGCUACACGACCAUGACGGCUGCUUUCGGUUCCAGUAUCUUCUCCGCGGCAACGCCAGUGGUCGCCCGCGAGUAUGGGGUCUCCUCUGAAGUAGCCGUCCUGGGCGUCUCUCUCUACGUGUUGGGCUUUGCAACGGGCCCAACCUUCUGGGCUCCGCUGUCCGAGUUGAAGGGCCGGAGGCUGCCAUUGGUCAUCUCGAUGUUCGGUUUCUCCAUCUUCAACGUCGGCGUGGCGACCGGCAAGGACCUCCAGACCAUCCUGAUAUGUCGCUUCUUCGCCGGUUUCUUCGGUGCCUGUCCCCUGGCCGUCGUUGCCGCCGUCUUCUCCGACAUGUUCGACAACAGGACUAGAGGAAUAGCGAUCACCUUGUUCUCCAUGGCCGUCUUCACCGGGCCUCUCCUCGCCCCCUUCGUCGGGGGCUUCAUCGUCUACUCGUACCUCGGCUGGCGGUGGACCGAGUACCUUGUCGCCAUCAUGGGCUUCUUCGCCUUCGGCCUCGACCUCCUAUUCCUGAAGGAGACGUAUCCGCCCGUCAUCUUGGUCAGCAAGGCCGCCGAACUGCGCCGGCGCACCCUGAACUGGGGUAUCCAUGCCAAGCAGGAGGAAAUCGAGGUGGAUUUCAAGGAGCUCAUAACCAAGAACUUCUCUCGCCCCAUGCGGCUGCUCUUCUUCGAGCCCAUCGUCACCCUCCUGUCCAUCUACAUGGCAUUCGUCUACGGCAUCCUGUACCUCUUCCUGACGGCCUAUCCCUUAGUCUUCAUUGGCGUUCACGGCUUCAAUGCCGGCCAGUCGGGGCUCACCUUCUUCGGCAUGAUCGCUGGCCAGCUCAUCGCGGGCGGCGUGGUCUUGCUCCAGCAGCCCUGGUACCAGCGCAAGCUCGAGGCGAACAACGGGGUACCCGUCCCGGAAUGGCGUCUUCCGAGCGUCAUUGCCGGCGGCGUCGCCUUCACCGGCGGCAUAUUCUGGUUCGGGUGGUCGGGCUACCGCGCCGAUGUCCAUUGGAUCGUGCCGACUCUGUCCGGUCUAUUGACAGGCUUCGGCCUCAUGUCCAUCUUCCUCCAGUCUCUCAACUACCUCGUGGAUUCCUAUCUCAUGUUUGCGGCAUCCGCUAUCGCUGGUAACACCUUCCUCCGGUCCCUCGCCGGUGCGGGCUUCCCGCUCUUCGCGACCUACAUGUUCAACGGCAUGGGCAUCCAGUGGGCGUCGACGCUCCUGGGCUGUGUCGCCGCCGCCCUCAUCCCCAUCCCCGUCAUCUUCUAUCUCUACGGCCACAAGAUCCGCCAGCGCAGCUCCUUCGCACCCACUGCUCCGCCGGCCAUGGACGCUAUGGCCGCGGCGGACGAGCAGGCCGGCGCCGACGGCGAGAAGAGAGAGAGUACGCAACAACAGCAGAACGACGAGGCCGCUCUUGGGACCGUCACUAAGAAGGACCAGCAGGCGGCGGGGAAUGGUGUAUAA